AUGAAUCCUCCACCGCACUUCAUCUUCUCCGCCCUACAUUUACUCUUCAUUUUCCUCACCUCCUCCGCCUCCCAACCGGAGCUCCGAUCUCUACUAGAAUUCAAAAAAGGCAUAACCUCAGAUCCAUCAAAUCUCGUUCUCAACUCAUGGAACCCCUUUUCCAUCACCGACUUCGACGUUUGUCCCCCCAAAUGGGAAGGAAUCUCCUGCGACGAACUCACCGGAAACGUCACCGGAAUUGUACUCGAGAAUCACAACCUCACCGGAGAGAUAAAGUUCCAUACUCUCCUCGACCUUAAAAUGCUCAAAAACCUCAGUCUCGCCGGGAAUCAGUUCACCGGAAGGUUACCCCCUUCUUUAGGUAUAAUUACCUCUCUCCAGCAUUUGGAUCUUUCGAGUAACAAAUUCUACGGUCCAAUUCCUGCACGGAUCAACGAUCUUUGGGGUCUGAAUUACCUCAAUUUAUCAAAUAACCAAUUCAAAGGUGGAUUUCCCACUGGUCUCAACAAUCUUCAACAACUUAGGGUCCUCGAUUUGCACAGUAACGAACUCUGGGCUGACAUUGGUGACCUUCUUCCCACUCUUCGGAACCUCGAGUUUCUAGAUUUGAGUCAGAAUCAGUUCUAUGGUGGACUUUCCAUUACUCUUGAGAAUGUUUCCUCUUUGGCUAAUACUGUUCGGUUUUUGAACGUCAGUCACAAUAAAUUGAACGGGAACUUCUUUCUGAAGGACGCAAUUGGGUUGUUUCGGAACUUGCGAGCUUUGGAUUUGAGUGAUAAUAUGAUUAGAGGGGAGCUUCCUUCUUUUGUUUCCUUGCGUGAACUUCGAGUUCUGAAACUUGCGAGUAAUCUUUUCUUUGGGGCUGUGCCGGAGGACUUGUUGUUGACUUCAAUGUCUUUGGAAGAAUUGAAUCUCAGUUCCAAUGGAUUUACUGGCUCAAUUGGUGUAAUUAACUCUACCACUAUAAAUAUUUUGGAUCUUUCAUCUAAUAGUUUAUCAGGACCAUUGCCAACUUCUUUGAGAAGCUGUACAAUCAUAGAUUUGAGCAGGAAUAUGUUUUCUGGCGACAUUUCUGUAAUAGAGAACUGGGAAGCCACUAUGGAGGUUAUUGAUUUGAGUUCAAACAAGCUGUCAGGAUCCUUGCCUUCAAUUAUAGAAUAUUCAAAAUUGUCUACCCUUGACUUAAGUUUGAAUGAACUUAAUGGAUCCAUUCCAGUUAGUUUGGUUAUUUCACCAUCACUGACAAGACUCAAUCUUUCUGGAAAUCAAUUUACAGGACCACUUUUGCUUCAAGGUUCAGGGGCUAGUGAAUUAUUACUCACGUCUCCUUUUCUGCCAAUGGAAUAUUUUGAUGUAUCAAACAACUCUUUAGAAGGCUUCUUGCCUUCUGAUAUAGGUAGGAUGGUUAAGCUCAAACUGCUGAAUCUUGCAAGGAAUGGCUUUUCUGGACAAAUUCCUAAUGAAUUGAGCAAACUUAUUGAUUUAGUGUCCCUCGAUUUGUCUAACAACAAAUUUACUGGCAAUAUUCCUGACAAGCUUUCGUCUAGCUUGAAUGUAUUUAAUGUGUCCAACAAUGAUCUAUCUGGCCUUGUUCCCGAAAAUUUGCGGCGAUUUCCUACAUCAUCCUUUAACCCUGGAAAUGAAAAGCUUAAGUUAUCAAAUGAUUCUCCUAGUUAUCCGUCACUGCCAGGCACUGUUCAAAAUAAACAUCAUAGUUCAAAGGGUAAUAUCAGGAUAGCAAUUAUCCUUGCUUCUGUGGGUGCUGCUGUGAUGAUUGCUUUUGUUUUAUUGGCUUAUCAUCGAACACAAGCAAAAGAAUUUCACGGGAGAAGUGAGUUUGGUGGUCAAACUACUGGAGGACUUUCAAGGGCUUCUCUCUUCAAGUUCCAUUCAAAUGCUCUUCCUCCAUCAUCUUCGGCGAGCUUUUCAAAUGAUCACUUGUUGAUAUCCAAUUCAAGGUCACUUUCUGGACAGCAGUCAGAGUUUAUAACUGAAAUUUCUGAGCAUGGCUUGUCUCAGGGAGUAGCAACCAGUUCAGCACCGGUGAUUCCUAAUUUGAUGGAUAACCCUCCUAUGUCAUCUGGAAGGAAGUCUUCACCCAGUUCCCCACUGUCGUCCUCACCGCGCUUUAUAGAGGCUUGUGAAAAGCCUGUGAUGUUGGACGUUUACUCACCAGAUCGACUGGCCGGGGAACUUUUUUUUCUGGAUUCUUCACUAGCAUUCACUGCAGAGGAGUUAUCUCGAGCUCCGGCUGAAGUUCUUGGCAGAAGUAGCCACGGCACUCUGUACAAAGCUACCCUAGACAGUGGUCAUAUGUUGACCGUGAAAUGGUUAAGGGUGGGGUUAGUCAAACAUAAAAAGGAGUUUGCCAGAGAAGUUAAAAGGAUUGGUUCUAUGAGGCAUCCAAACAUUGUGCCGUUACGAGCAUACUAUUGGGGGCCUAGGGAACAGGAGAGGCUUCUGUUAGCCGACUAUAUUCAAGGAGACAACUUGGCCCUCCAUCUCUACGAAACCACACCUCGGAGAUACUCGCCUUUGUCAUUCAGUCAGAGAAUAAAAGUUGCGGUUGAUGUUGCAAGAUGUCUUUUAUACCUUCACGACCGAGGGCUUCCACACGGAAAUCUGAAGCCGACAAAUAUUCUGUUAGCAGGCCCUGAUUACGGUGCCUGUCUUACUGACUAUGGUCUGCACCGCCUCAUGACGCCGGCUGGAGUUGCAGAACAGAUACUAAAUCUAGGAGCACUCGGAUACCGUGCUCCAGAACUUGCUUCUGCAUCCAAACCACUUCCAUCCUUUAAGGCCGAUGUCUAUGCACUUGGGGUGAUCUUAAUGGAAUUAUUAACGAGAAAAAGUGCAGGUGACAUAAUAUCGGGACAAUCGGGUGCUGUUGAUCUUACAGAUUGGGUUAGGCUGUGUGAGAGAGAAGGAAGGGUAAUGGACUGUAUAGACAGAGACAUUGCAGGUGGUGAAGAAUCCUCCAAAGAGAUGGACCAACUGCUUGCAACAUCUCUCAGGUGUAUUCUCCCUGUACAUGAAAGGCCUAACAUCAGACAAGUUUUUGAAGAUCUCUGUUCUAUACCAUCAGCUUGA